CACAGUACCUGUACCUUCUCCCGCAGCACAGCCUGACUCCUGCACAUGGUGGUAGAAAUUACAGCCCAGGAGGCUCCAUAGUGAAGGGUUGUCAGAGGAGGACACGCCUGCCCCCAGGUACCUACAAUAUAGGGUCCCCUCAGUGGAUUUCUUCUAUAUAAGAUCCUUCUCCGGAUUGACCCGACAAGAAUGGAAAGGGACAAGAUGGCGGAGAGUAUAAUAAAUCUCACCCUAGAGAUCCUCUUCUGUCUUACUGGAGAGGACUACACAGUAGUGAAGAAGACAUCUAGUGAGCGCUGCCAGGCCCCUGUGUCUGAAGGAUGGAGAAGAACCCUGAGCCCAAUCAUGGGGCCUCCACCUCACCUCCUGAUACAUGAGGAAAUCAAUAGAGAGGAGAUCCUAGAACUCGCCAACAAGAUUAUUGAGCUGCUGACUGGAGAGGUUCCUAUAAGGUGUCAGGAUGUCACCGUCUAUUUCUCCAUGGAGGAGUGGGAGUAUUUAGAAGGACACAAAGAUCUGUACAAGAAUGUCAUGAUGGAGGAUCACCAGGCUCUCACAUCCCCAGUUAAGGCAGAGAUAAGAACACCGGAGAGAUGUCCCAGUCCUUUUCUUCCACAGGAUGAUCAGCUUGUGAAUCCGGAUGAAGAUCUGAACAUUAUUAAUCCUACAGAGACAUAUGUGAGGGGCGAUGAGCAGAGCAUAGAGGACAUUCCUACAGAUAACCGCCCAGAUAACUGUACUGGGAUCUCUGAGAAACAUCUGGUAUCUUCAGAUUUUGAAGUAGAUGGUCAUGGUAUCACGCGAGAUGAAGAACAUGCCAAUAUCCAAUAUAUACCCUCAUCCAAUCACAGAAAAAAUGUAUCACUUUAUCCUAUUAAACCGGUCCGAUUUUCUGAUUCAUCACAGACUGUAACACAGAAUAAAAGUCAGCGAGGAGGUGUUAAACUUCAAACAGCUCAUGUAAGAGAGAAGCCAUUUUCAUGUGUAGAAUGUGGAAAAUGUUUUAGAUAUAAAUCGAAACUUGCCACACAUCAGAAAACUCACACAGGGGAGAAGCCAUUUUCAUGUUCAGAAUGUAGAAAAUGUUUUAGAUAUAAAUCAGAACUUGUCACACAUCAGAGAAUUCACACAGGAGAA